GCCGGAUCCGUGCGCAGGGUUGCUAAGGGUGAAACUUUUCAUUGACUUUGCUCACUUCGGGCAGGGGCGCGGGAAGGAGCGGGUCGUCGGCGGGGAGAACCGAGUGGCUUGGGCGACGCGGGGCCAGAAGGGCAAGACCGUCCGCCGGCCACAGCCGGGACCGUCUUCCGUCCCGCGACACAAGCAACCCUCCGGUCCUCCAGCCUCGCGCCGUCGCCGCUGGCCGGCCCGCCCGCCCUCUGUCCCCCGCCGCUGAGCCCGACCUCCAAAAAGCUGAAAGAAUUAUUAUUGAGAUCAUAGCCCAUACUCCCCUCACUCGCUCCCCCAUCCUCAACGAAGAAAAGGACACAUCGGCUCCCGGGAAGGGAGAGCAACCUCCGCCCCGCGCCCAGGACCACCCUGGAGGAAGAAGCCGCCCCGCGGCCGGCACACCGCCCCGCCGCCGCGGAGACCCGAGUGAGUUCCACCCCACAGCCAUCUGGCCUGGCCUGUUCUCGAGUUGAAGAAGCGAAGGUGGCAUUAUCUACUUCUGAUUUGUGCAGCAGCAUCACUGAGCGUUGUCUAGAGCCCAAGGCUGCCCACCUUACAUUUCCUACCACUGUCCUUGGCUUGUGCACGUGCCUGUGCUGAUUCUCUGCCUAGGAAAGGACGAUGCAGCUGGAGAUCAAAGUGGCCCUGAACUUCAUCAUCUCCUACCUGUACAACAAGCUGCCCCGGCGCCGGGCAGACCUGUUCGGUGAGGAGCUAGAGCGACUCUUGAAAAAGAAAUAUGAAGGCCACUGGUACCCUGACAAGCCACUGAAGGGCUCUGGCUUCCGCUGUGUCCACAUCGGGGAGAUAGUGGACCCCGUGGUGGAGCUGGCCGCCAAGCGGAGUGGGCUGGCGGUGGAGGAUGUGCGGGCCAACGUGCCCGAGGAGCUGAGUGUCUGGAUCGACCCUUUCGAGGUGUCCUACCAGAUUGGUGAGAAGGGGGCUGUGAAAGUGCUCUACCUGGAUGACAGCGAGGGCUGUGUUGCCCCAGAGCUGGACAAGGAGAUCAAGAGCAGCUUCAAUCCCGAUGCCCAGGUGUUUGUGCCCAUCGGCAGCCAGGACAGCUCCCUGUCCAACUCCCCGUCACCGUCCUUUGGCCAGUCGCCCAGCCCCACCUUCAUGCCCCGCUCCGCUCAGCCCAUCACUUUUACCACCGCCUCCUUCGCAGCCACCAAGUUUGGCUCCACCAAGAUGAAGAAGGGGGGCGGGGCAGCGGGUGGGGGGGCGGGGGGCGGGGCAAGUGGCCAGCCGAUCCCCCAGCAGCAGCCCCGCAUGGCCCGCUCUCCCACCAACAGCCUGCUGAAGCAGAAGAGCCUCUCUCUGUCUCUGCAUUCACUGAACUUCAUCGCCACCAACCCAGCCCCUCAGUCCCAGCUCUCACCCAAUGCCAAGGAAUUCGUGUACAACGGUGGUGGCUCUCCCAGCCUCUUCUGUGAUGGGGCCGAUGGCCAGGGCAGUGGCACCCCGGCCCCCUUCGGGGGCGGUGGGGCUGGCACCUGCAACAGCAGCAGCUUCGACAUGGCCCAGGUGUUUGGAGGUGGCGCCAACAGCCUCUUCUUGGAGAAGGCGCCCUUCGUGGAAGGCCUCAGCUACAACCUGAACACCAUGCAGUAUCCCAGCCAGCCGUUUCAGCCUGUCGUGCUGGCCAACUGACUGCCCACCUGCCCACGGGGCCAGGAGCACCCAAGACCACAGAAAAGAGAAAGGAAAGGAAAGGCCAAAAAAAAGAGGAAAAGAAAAAUACACAAAAAGAUUUCCAGUCUUCUCACUCUAACUUCUAGAAACAUGACCCAGCCCGGGCAUGGAGUGGGAGGGGCCCCUGAAGCACUGAACAGUGUUUAGCUCAGCCCCCUGCUGCUCUCCUGCCUGCCUCCGAUUUAUUCGGUUGGUUUGGGUUUUAUAUUUCUUUUUCUUUUUUUCUUUUUUACAUGUAGUUUUCUAUAUAACAUCUUUAAUUAGUGGCUUCCUGUGCUAAGAAUGGUCCAGAUGUGAAUUGCUGCUCCCUGCUCCCUCCCUCCCUCCCUCUCUCCCUCUCUCCCUCCCUCCCUCCUUCGCAUGCCUGGUUUAGGGUUGGUGUGUCCCAGCUCACAGGGAAGGAAGACAGUGGCUGGGGCCUGGCCCUCCUCAGAACAGGGAGAGACUGCCCCGUGUCACUGUCUUCAUCACCCAGCUGUCCUCUCACUCAGAGCCAUCCAACCUCAGCAGGCCCGCUCGGGCCCUGCCACCCAGAUAGGUCUGACUCCAGCCCCCGCUUCCUCUCAGGCCUGGGCCCUAGGGAGCUGCCAGCUGGCCACUUGACACCCUCCCCCUAGAGCUGAAGUCUGUGACUCCAGGGAGGUUAGCACUCUGUCUGGUGUCCCUUUCAUCUCUGUCCUGUGGCCCCAUGCCACCAUUCCCACCUGGCCCAGACCAUCACCGAGGCCCUGGAGACCCAGCCAUUGGCACAUGUGGCCUCUCUCAUGUAGCCCCUUCUUUCCUGGGCCUGAGUUCUUGGGUAGGGAGGUGGGGUGAGUGUAGGUGUGCGUGUGCAUGCGUGCGUGCGUGAUUUGCUCUCCUGUUUUAAAGGAUUCCGAGCCAUGUGAAACUUCCCCUCUGGGUGUGAUUCUGGGUCGCAGCAAGUGUUUAUGUGUGAGGGUGGGGAAUGCACUGGGGGUGGGUUGUCAGUCCUUUUGUGGGGUGCUUCACGUGGUGGCGCCAGACUGGCUGAGCCUGACGCUUCCAGAGGAAAGCACUGCAGAAGGAACUGGUUUCCAGACUGCGGAGGGAUCUGCACUUUUGUUUUUGACCAAAAAAAAAAAAAAAAAAAAGGUUAGCAGUGAGGGGCUGAGGGAAUGCCCAGCCUCUGAUACCUAAGAGAAGUCCCUGGACUCGGACCCUCCUAUUGUGUGACCUUAGCCCAGGGUGGGAAACGCUUACCUGAGCGCCCUGGGGGGUGGGAGUUUUGGGUCAGUGCCUGUAGUGGGCAGUCCAAAGCCUUGAAUUGAGACUUUGGUCUUUUGGCUGUAGAUGUCGCUUUAAUACAUUUCUUCCCCUGCCUGCUUGAGAACCUCUUGGUACCUCUUGCCAUCCCCUCACUGUCUGACCCAGGCCCACUGGGCCCAAUGCUGAUCUCGAGCAGGCUGGGCUGGACAGGCGCUUGGCCACGGCAGGCGCUGUGUCUGGAUUCUUGAAGAGCCCUCCCCACCUCUGCUGGAGAGAAUUUACCUUGACCCAACCCUAGUGGGCUAGCUUCCACGCCAUGACGCUUUGGCAAGUGGGCACGUAGCAUCAGGGCCCCCAUCACCAAAGCCUUUGGCACCCCACCCUCUCCUCCCCAGUGACCCCAAGUUGGCAACUGCUGUGGCAGCGGAUCCGGCCCAGACGGACACUGCCAGCCUCCUCUCCCUGCAGUGGGCACCAGCUCUACCUCCCCGCGCGGGGCAGUGCCCUGGCUCCUUGGCCCGGCACCGUCUGUCCCCCCUAGACUUCUCAGGGGCCAGCCCCGUCUGGGCCACCCUCUCCCGAGCCCUCAGCUCCCGCACAGGUGACAGGCCCAGGCUGCUCUCUGGGAAAGGUUGGAUGCUGCCUUAUGCCCCCUUCCAGCCCCUCUUCCCCCACUCAUGCACACAGGCACCCACCACACCCUGGGCGGCUUGUUCCUCACCACAUACAGGGAGGGGGAGACCAACCCCUUAGUGUCUUUUGAAAUACGAAGAAAAAUGUGUGAUCAGGAGCAUGACUCCUGUGCUGGGCUCUUGGGCCCACCUCAGUCUGUCUCAAAUCUAGGCAUUUUUGCUUCAACUUUAUUUUUUUUUUUUAAGAAAACAAAACAAAAAUCUGCACUAAUUUACCUGGUUUCAUAGGAAAACUUUUUUUUUUUAUUUUUUACAUUUUUUGGUGUCCGUUUGUAUUGAAUAAUUUGCUACAUUUGUAAAAUGUAAGAGGUAUAUAUAAUAUAUGUAUAUUUCUAACGUAAAGGUAAUUUUUUUCUUUUCAAGAUUUUUUCUUAAGAGGAGAGAAAGAUAUUUUUUCAGGAAAAACAAACUUUAAAAUAAAAAAAGAGGAGAAUAAAACCUAUUUCUCCCCUUUCCCCAUCCUCUCUCUGUCUACCCCCCUUUCCCAGGAACAAGUCAAAAGGUGGAUCGUCUUGUAAAGGAAGUAAACUUUCAGUCCAGAAUGAUGUCUUUUUCUCAGUGCAGUGAGCUGUAGAUUCUCUAGUUUGACCCCUGGGGAUGGGAAGGGGGGCACUGAGGCAACAUGGAGAGGAGCUCGCGGGAGCAGGGUAAUGAAUUUGUUUUCUUUAGUGAAGGAGGAAUACAAUCAAGUGUUUUGUAUUCAGAAUGUUGUGCAAUAUUUUGGAAUGGAACAUUGGUGUGUUUAGAGAUUUAGUUUAAAAACAAAACAAAAAGAUUGAUCAAAUCUGUACAGUUUAUAUUGUUCCAGAUUUUUUUAAGUUUGUAUUAAAAGCAUGAUAUAUAAUAACCUUC